AUGAUGACAUCCAAAGAAGUGGCCAAAUGCGACGCGGGGGAGAACAGGAGGCGAAGCCCGCUGGAUCACUUGCCGCCCCCCGCCAACUCCAACAAACCGCUGACCCCCUUCAGCAUCGAGGACAUCCUCAACAAGCCGUCCGUGAAGAGAAGUUACACCAUUUGCGGCACCGCGCAUCUCAUUUCCUCCACGGAGAAGCACCGAGCCUCCAGCCUCCCCCUGUCGAGCCGGGCUCUGCUCACCCAGACCUCGCCUCUGUGCGCCCUGGAGGAGCUCGCCAGCAAGACCUUCAAGGGCCUGGAAGUCAGCGUGCUGCAGGCUGCAGAAGGCCGGGACGGGAUGACCCUGUUCGGCCAGAGAACCACUCCGAAGAAGCGCCGGAAGUCCCGCACGGCCUUCACCAACCAUCAGAUCUACGAGCUGGAGAAGCGCUUCCUGUACCAGAAGUACUUGUCCCCCGCGGACCGGGACCAGAUCGCCCAGCAGCUCGGCCUCACCAACGCGCAGGUCAUCACGUGGUUCCAGAACCGGAGAGCUAAGCUAAAGCGGGACCUGGAGGAGAUGAAGGCGGACGUGGAGUCGGCCAAGGCCAUCGGCCAGGUCCCCUUGGACAAGCUGGCUAAGCUGGCCGACCUGGAGAAAUGCGCCAACGGCACGCUGGGGCAUCCGCGCCCCGAGUCCCCCACGCGGGGCGGCCAGCAGGAGCUCGAUCUCGGCCAGAAACUGAGGAGAUCCCCGCUGUCCCCUUUCUCAGACCACACAACGAGUAAAGAGUGCUCGGAGGACGAGGACGUGGAGAUUGACGUGGAUGACUAAUGGCUCAGCGUGGGGGGGCUGCAGUGGAGAGACACAAUAACAAAAAAAAAAAAAAGACAUCACGAACAUAAAACGCCGUCGAGGACUUGUGUAACUUUACUGCUUAUAUUGUGUACCACUUUUCACAAUAUGUACCAAAAUGUAAUUAUACUUUUGUAUGGCAUACCGUAGCAUGAAUAAGACAAAACAAAACUUUGCAAUGGAAGCAAUAUGGUCAAAAACCACACUUGUAAUUUAUUAUUAUUAUAUAUUUUUAACA